AUGUGGCAACAUGCCUUCAGAAAAGUUUGUUUUAAUUGUUUUCAGGCUGCAGGGCUGGCCACUAUGAUCUCCACCAUGAGACCUGAUAUUGACAACAUGGACGAGUACGUCCGUAACACGACAGCUCGAGCCUUCGCUGUGGUAGCCUCAGCUCUUGGCAUACCGUCACUGCUUCCCUUCUUGAAAGCUGUGUGUAAGAGUAAGAAGUCGUGGCAGGCUAGACAUACUGGUAUCAAGAUUGUACAGCAGAUUGCCAUUCUUAUGGGAUGUGCCAUUUUACCACAUCUGAAGUCACUUGUUGAAAUUAUUGAACAUGGUCUAGUUGAUGAGCAGCAGAAAGUACGUACCAUCACAGCUUUGGCCCUGGCUGCCCUGGCCGAGGCAGCUACACCAUACGGUAUUGAAUCCUUCGACAGUGUGCUCAAACCUUUAUGGAAGGGUAUCAGACAACAUAGAGGAAAGGGACUUGCUGCUUUCUUGAAAGCCAUUGGUUACUUGAUCCCAUUGAUGGAUGCAGAAUAUGCUAACUACUACACCAGGGAAGUGAUGUUGAUUCUUAUCCGAGAGUUUCAGUCUCCCGACGAGGAAAUGAAGAAGAUUGUGUUGAAAGUCGUUAAACAGUGUUGUGCCACAGAUGGUGUUGAGCCUCAGUACAUUAAAGACGAAAUUUUGCCACCAUUCUUCAAACAUUUCUGGAACCAGCGCAUGGCUCUCGACAGGAGAAAUUAUCGACAGCUUGUAGACACUACAGUGGAGAUAGCGAACAAAGUAGGUGCUGCAGAGAUUAUUGGACGAGUUGUUGAUGACCUGAAAGAUGAAGCAGAACAGUACAGGAAGAUGGUAAUGGAGACAAUUGAGAAGGUGAUGGCAAAUCAGGGAGCUGCAGAUAUUGACUCAAGACUGGAAGAACAGUUGAUUGACGGUAUCCUGUAUGCCUUCCAGGAACAAACAACAGAGGAUGUUGUAAUGUUGAAUGGUUUUGGUACUGUUGUAAACGCCCUUGGUAAACGUGUGAAACCAUACCUGCCUCAGAUCUGCGGUACUAUUCUCUGGCGUCUCAACAAUAAAUCAGCCAAGGUGCGACAACAGGCGGCUGAUCUUAUCUCGAGGAUUGCCAUCGUCAUGAAAACAUGUCAGGAGGAGAAGUUGAUGGGCCAUCUCGGUGUAGUGUUAUACGAGUACCUGGGAGAAGAAUACCCAGAAGUGUUGGGAAGUAUUCUCGGAGCCUUGAAGGCCAUUGUGAAUGUGAUUGGUAUGACAAAAAUGACCCCACCCAUCAAAGAUCUGCUACCUAGACUUACACCUAUCCUGAAAAACAGACAUGAAAAGGUACAAGAGAACUGUAUAGAUCUGGUAGGUCGUAUCGCUGACCGUGGAGCGGAAUAUGUGUCAGCUAGAGAAUGGAUGAGAAUCUGUUUUGAAUUGUUAGAACUCUUGAAAGCUCACAAGAAAGCUAUCAGAAGAGCAACAGUUAACACAUUUGGUUAUAUUGCAAAAGCUAUUGGUCCCCAUGACGUGUUAGCUACAUUACUCAACAAUCUGAAGGUACAGGAACGACAGAAUCGUGUGUGUACGACCGUAGCUAUAGCUAUUGUAGCAGAAACAUGUUCACCAUUCACUGUGUUACCCGCUUUAAUGAAUGAAUAUCGUGUACCAGAACUGAAUGUACAAAAUGGUGUGCUCAAAUCUCUAUCCUUUAUGUUUGAAUACAUUGGUGAAAUGGGAAAAGAUUAUAUUUAUGCUGUAACACCACUGUUAGAAGAUGCUCUAAUGGACAGAGAUCUGGUACAUAGACAGACUUCCAUGUCAGCCAUCCAGCACAUGGCCCUUGGUGUGUUUGGUUUUGGGUGUGAGGAUGCCCUUGUUCACCUGAUGAACUAUGUGUGGCCUAAUGUGUUUGAAACCUCACCACAUGUUGUUCAGGCAUUUAUGGGGGCCAUUGAGGGCAUGAGAGUUGGUGUGGGACCUUCAAAAGUACUGCAAUAUGCUUUACAGGGUUUGUUUCAUCCAGCGCGUAAAGUUCGGGAUGUCUAUUGGAAAGUAUAUAAUACUGUAUAUAUCGGAGCACAAGAUGGCAUGAUACCAGCUUAUCCCAGGGUUCCUAAUGAUGCUAAAAAUAACUUUCUCAGAUACGAACUGGAUUACAUAUUGUGAUUGUGCUUUCAACAUUGUCUUAAAUCAUUUGUCGUCAUUCAAGAAGUAAAAUGUUUGGACAAUCACAGACUGGGUAGAAAAAUGAAAUUGUUGCAAGUAGAUCAUUUGAAUCUGCAAAAGUUCUAAAAAUUUCAUUAACUUCAUCGACCAUUUCAUAAAAAAGACUAUUUUUAAAUCAGGAUUUGAUAACUGAUAAAAUCAUUGAUAAUGUUUACAAAGCAGUACCCUUGGUAUACUUGUUCAAUUAUUAUACAUUUGUCAUUAUGCUACAUUAUGCUAUUGGUUAUGUUAAAAAUAUUUAUAUGAUUAAGUCUUGUAACUUACCAUUUGUAUUUGUUCUCAACAACUGUAAGUUGGUUUGAAGCUUUGAAAAGUGCUGUACAUUUACGCAUCUUGGACAAAGUCAAAGGGGGUAAACAUUUGCAAACAGAAAGUAAGUUUUUACUGCUCUGUGUAGGGAUACUAGAUAUUGAAGUCAUUUUUUUGUUUGUAGAAUUCACAAUGAACAUUGAAGUUUUAACUUAUUUGAAUGUCAGUUGUACAUGUAAUGUGAUAUUGGAAUUAUUUCACUUAAUUACAUUUUUGAGCAAGUAUUUUACCUAAAAGGAAAAUGUGUUGAUUUCAAAACUGAGCACCGUUGGAACAGUUGGUAAUUUUUUCUCCUUUUGGAUACAUUUCUACAAUACUGAAAUCUUUUUAUCUAAAUUCAUUUACAUAAUCCAACUUAUUGAUAGCAAAAGGUCUUUUAUAAUACUUUUAAGAAGGGGUAUUAUACCAGCUAGCUGAAAUAAGUAAUAUUUUGUAUUUUCUUUGACUUGUAAUUAAGUCCAUAUGAAAAAAAUACCUGUGUAAUAUCCUCUAUGUAAUACACUGUAUUUUGAAUAUGCUUGAAAAUCCUGAAUCCUUUGACUUAAAAAAGAUCACAUGUUUUAUGAAACUUUGAUUUUGUCAUUUGUAAGACUCGAUCAUGAAUAAAGUAUAGGAAAAAGAA